GUUUAGAACAAAUACCUGUAUCUCCUACUACAGAUGACAUAACCACCCAUUCCCAUCUCCAUACCAACCAGUUCCCCAGAAACGCUCCACACCACCAUGACCAAGAAGCCCUACCCCGUUCUCGCACCCCGCGGCCAAAUCCCCAUCACGCAUCUCCCACACCUCACACCAUCGCUUAGCCCCCGAAUAACACUCACUCAACGCAUUUUAACACCGCUUAUUGUGUGCGCGACAUUGAUUGUUCUACUGCUGUGUGUUGUGACGGGUAUUGUUUUGACUGUUAAGAUUUUUGGGGAUGGGCAUACGCAUGCGCUUGUAUUGAGAGUUGGAACGGGGUUUGUUGUUGUUGGGUCCUCGCUCACUAUUAUCUAUCUCCUCUUCCACUUUUCCGCCACUAUCAAAAACCAUCCAGUCGGUUUUGUUCGCCCUCCAGAAUUAAAACUACACGCGUAUAGUUUUAUAGUUGCGCGCGUUACGCUUGUUUCGUGGAUGCUAUCGAUCAUCGUAUCAAGUGUCGUUGUAUCGAAAUCGAAAGUGUGUGUUCCGGGAACGACGGAUUGUAAGGUGCAGAUUGGAGGAUUGGUUUUGAGUUGUGUUGGGUUUGUAGCAACAGGAAUCAUUCUCACUGCCCUCGAAGCCUGUCAAUAUCUCUUCCAACUACCCGCUCGCACCAACAUUCUCCAAGGCGGAGAAAUAAACUGUCGAGUAUCCUCCUUCGGCGACGAUCUUGUAGAUAGUAAUCUCACCUCACUCAAUCCCUCUGCUGCCAAUGUUUUGCAGUCACAUUUGGCGAGUGCAUCAGCAAGUGCCGAUUCCAUACCAUCACUCCCUGACGAUUAUCUAUUUAUGGGAAGUGAGAGGGAAGAGUGGGAGAAAAACUAUUCGCUUGCAGUAGCGAAAGAGAGAAUUACUAGAGAGACGAAUAUCAAAAGGAAACCUGUGCCCAUUGAGAUAGCAACAGAAGAGGGACUACCGAAAUCUGAGUCCCAGGUUAGUGUGAAUUCUAUGCCAGGAGAGUUUCCUGAGGAAAGAGAAACUACUGUGCCGCUAAGGCCAAGAUAUACACCUCUUUCUGGAUCCAUCUCUACGCCUUCACUUGCGCCUGUGUUAUCGCAAGAGAAAGAGAAAGAAAAGGAAAGAAGCAAGGGUUGGGGAAUCGGAUGGUCAUAUCUCACAAGAGAUACGAGCACUGCAACGGAAUCGAACGCCGACGAGAAGUGUGUAACUAAUACCGAUUCAGCGAUAUCGUUGGGCGUUCCCUCACACUCUAUUUCCAGGUGUAACACGUGCAGCACUUGCGCUCAUCCAAAUACGAAACAAGCCAAUAACUUCCUAUCGCACAGAGUAGGAAGACAAAGGAACGUAACGCCGAGUAGUAGUAUAAUAGACGUUUCAAUGCGAUCUCCUCUAUCCACCAUGCGAACCGCCGAGUCUCCAGAAAUAGCCAUUAAGCCCGAUGUAGCUUUGGUACCAACCAGCGUUCCCUCAUCAUUGGAUCGAAUAUCUCCCCGAAAACCUCCUAUUACUCAACCGUUACCGAUCGCAAUUCUAAAUGAAAUGAUGAUAAGAAGACCAUCGAUUCCUGCUCCUUCCAGAAUGCCAGGAGCAUAUACGAGAGAACAUAUACAAUCACCUCCUGCGCAUAUCAGACCCCUCAAAAGAAAACCUGUAGAAAACGACAAAGUUCUCAAGUCCCCACCUAAAUUGUGGAAAGAUGCUCUUCCGGUACGAGGUGGAAGUUUCGAAAUCGAACGAAAACCAAUAGCUUCAAGCCGAGAGAUUCCUUCUCGCCCAUCCGAAAAUCCUGCCGUAAAAUUUAAACCAAAACAAAAGGCAUCAGAACCUAGACCAUCAUUAAAAUCAUGGAAAGAUUCUCUACCACUCCGAGGGGGAAGUUUCGACCCGCAAAGAUCCACAGCGAAUAUUCGAGAUGUAUUUCCCAAUAUCACACGAGGACCUCUUAAUCAAAAUAAUAAUCAUAAUCAUAAUCAGAACUCCAAGCCCUCAUCUCCAUCGCCAUCCACCCCCAAAAUGAACACCAAGAACCCAACACCCACCCACACACCCCACAAAUCACCCAACACCGCCAUCGUGAUCAAAAAACGCAGCACAGAAAUGCAAAUCCCCGGCGCAUUCAUCGAUUAUUCCAGAUCCGGGACCACAAAAGAACGACCCGCCAGUCGAGAGAUAAAAAUCCCUGGUGCGUUUAUCGAAAGCGUUCCUUCGACUCCUGAAUUUGAGAAAAAUCAAGAAGAAGAAAGUAUUGCUAGGGGGAAAACACAGGGUGUGAGACCGUUGAAAUUACGCCCGAAAGGAAAAGUUACUGAGAAAGACACGAUGAAUGGGAAGACAAAAGACAAAGCAAAAGCCAAAUCGACAGAACCCAGAAAUCCAAAGCAAACAAACAAACCCUACGAAAUCGACGAACCAGAAACUCUCUACAAACCCGCGCCCCUGGGACCUCGCCCGUUCAAACGAAGAUUAUUCGGGAGAGCCAAUGUUGAGACUUCGAGGAAUGUGAACGAGGGAGAGGCUGUGCAGCCAUGGAGGGGCAUGGAGUGGGUGAGGGUGGAACCGUUGAGGAAGUUGAGUUUGGGGGAGGUGUCGAGUGGGAUGGGGAAUUUGUGGGAUGAUUAGUUGAUCAACUCGGAGAGAUAGAAUUAGAUUGUUUAGAUCGGAUCAUAUGAGCUGUCAUUUUAGAGUCCUGAGAUCUAAUUCAUCUAGUGAAGAAUGGAGGGGUAUUAAUGUAAUUCUUUGAGGGAGAAUAGACA